AUGGCUUCAAGCGGCGACAGAAAAGGGGCAAACCGCUCCUCUAUGCGAGGCAUCUUCCCGGUGCCGGUGUCCCCCAAGCCCCAGCUGCGACGGGAAAAAUGGCAGGAACCCGCAUGUAUGGGGUCAAGCCAACACAACCACACCGCCUCCGAUAUGCAGCAACACGUCAAGCAAGUUCAGAAGGUGCACCAGGUGGAGCAAAAGGAACGGGAGGCGGGGGACGUUGCCGUCCCGCUGAAGAGGUUGAUGGCGUCAUUGGGGUAUCGGGAAUUACUGGGGGGACAGGAGGAAACACUGCGACGGUCUGCAGAGGGACAAGACCUCGUUAUCUGCAGCCCCACAGGCUCGGGAAAGUCCUUUUCUCUCCUGCUUCCCCUGCUGCAGUGGCACACCUCACGCUCAGCAGCAGCAGCACAAGUACCAAAGGGAAGUGCUGCAGCAAGAGGAACAGCCAGCAAGAGAAUGCUGUUUAUGGCUGACGUCCACAACAACUGCAGCAAAAGGCCUUUGCCAUACGCGACACAGGAGGAGCUGCCUGUAUUGGGCAGCAAUAGGUCUUCAGCAGCAGCAGCAGCUGUCUGCACAGCAGAGGCAGUUUCCCUUGUGGUUGUUCCUACUGCAACUCUGGGGCUUCAGCUUUUGGGGGAGGUUACGGAAGCUGCUCGCUUCUGGCUUUCGGUAGCUGCGGCAUUUCGAGACCGACAAGGCGACAAACGGAAGUCACGCGCGGCGCCUCUUUGUGUCCCUAGGCUGCUGCUGAUCGAUAACACCAUCCCACAGCAGCAGCAACUCAAUGACCCCUUCGGGAAUCCUGCAGACACGGCAGCCGGAACCACUACCCACGACAGUUUUAGGAAAGGGACUGAAGGAAGUCACUGCAGGCGUUCAUUGAGGGACUUACAGAGAGCGUAG